GCAGACGACGCACUGCACGGAGCAGCGUCGGCUCUACUUGUAAGCGUGUAGUCCGUCAGUAUCGCUGAUUAUUUGGUACACGUUAGUUCUAAAUAAUUGUACUUAUUAAAGUAAAUACGAUUUGAUUCAAUUGUUUCUAUUGUGUUGGAAUACGUUAUGGAGCAAGAUAAAAAUAUACCUUAUUCGCAGACCGGUGACAAGGAAGAAGAUAAGAUAUUAUUGGAACCGUUUAGUUACAUUCUUCGAGUCCCUGGAAAACAGAUCAGGGCCAAAUUAGCACAUGCUUUCAAUUAUUGGUUAAAAAUACCGCAAGAUAAAUUUCGUAAUGUUGGAGAUAUUAUACAGCUACUCCAUACUUCCAGCCUUCUAAUUGAUGACAUUCAAGAUAAUUCGGUUUUAAGAAGGGGUAUUCCUGUAGCUCAUAAUAUUUAUGGUACAGCAAAUACCAUAAAUGCUGCAAAUUAUGUCCUAUUUAUUGCUUUGGAAAAAGUGCUCGCUUUAAAUCAUCCAGAGGCUACGCAAGUAUAUGUAGAACAAUUAUUAGAACUUCAUAGAGGUCAGGGGAUGGAAAUUUAUUGGAGAGAUAAUUAUAUUUGCCCUUCUGAAACAGCCUAUAAACAAAUGACAAUUCGAAAAACAGGUGGACUGUUUAAUUUAGCUGUGAGAUUAAUGCAACUAUUUUCUGAAUGCAAAGAAGAUUAUACACCCUUAGCUGGUAUCUUAGGGCUUUAUUUUCAAAUUCGUGAUGAUUACUGUAAUUUAAUAUUACAAGAGUAUGCUGAAAAUAAAAGUUACUGCGAGGAUCUUUCUGAAGGAAAAUUUAGUUUUCCUAUUAUACAUGCUGUGCAAAGUCAUUCAGAAGAUAGACAAAUAAUGAAGGAUAUAGAUAUUCUCAGGCAACGAACUAAGGAUAUCGAGGUAAAACGAUAUUGUGUUAAUUUGUUAGAAAAAUUUGGAUCCUUUGCUUAUACCAGAAAUGUGUUAGAAGAAUUGGAUAAGAAAGCAAGAGAUGAAGUUCACCGUUUAGGUGGAAAUCCUAUAUUAGUUGAAAUUUUAGAUGAAUUAAUGUGUUGGAAGCAUCAAGAUGCUCAACAACAGAAUAAAAAAGGUGUAAUAUAA